CAACAGGGCAACCUCGAGGCUCUCUCUGACCUCGACUUCAUCAUCUUCUCAAUCUCUCCAGGCAGCCAUGUCGGUCGCACAGCCAGAUGGGACGCAGGACGCGUUCGGGCUCAUCACGCGUCGGGCAGCGAUAGUAUUCGUAUUCAUCUAUGCACUUCGCGCUAUUGUCGCCCGUUACCGCCGCCGGUCCUCCAUCAUGGACCUCAUCCCGGGACCGGAAUCCUCAUCGAUUUUGGCUGGAAACAUGUUGGAGCUGUCGACGACGGGAGCCGGAUCCCGCGUCUUGGACUGGAGGAAGGAGCACCACAACAAUACCGUGCUCAAGAUCAAGGGCCCGUAUUUCGCCGGCGACGGCUUGUUCAUCUCGGAUCCUACGGCAUUGUGGAAGAUCUACGACACGAACGCGACGUUCCACAGGCCGCCCUCUAUGACCGCCUUAGGCGAGAAGUUGGUUGGCAAGGGCGGUAUCAUCUUGUCUGAGGGCGAGGCGCACUAUCGCAUCAAGCGCGUCAUGCAGCCUGCAUUCAAUGCUAGCAACGUUCGCGCUUUGCUUCCUCGCUUCAGACACGGCGCGUUAGCGCUCGUCGAUGCUUGGGGUAGUCUUGUCGACCGCGAGGAAAAACAGGCAGCUGUCAUUGAUGUCUUCGACUGGCUAGGCGCGUCCGCUCUGGACAUGAUCGGUCUCGCGGCGUUCGGCACGAAACUCGGAGCGGUGAACAAGAUGCAGGGCGGAGAGAGCAUCUCAGAUCUCGCAGACGCGUACAAGGGUGUUCUUGAUGCCAUGGGCGCCGAAGAAACCGCUGCUUCUAUUUUCAUUCGCUACAGCCCGGCGUGGCUGAUCUCCAUCCUCACCUUGUUCCCUAACAAGCUCAUGCAAGUUGUUGUGCAGUCUCUGUCCCGAGCGCACGAUGUCGCGAGUACCUUGAUCCAGGAGCGUCUCAAGGACAUUCAGGACGGCGCCACCAGCGUGGACUUGGAAGGUGCCGGUAACGAUGCCUUGACCAUGAUGCUGAAAGCCAACUUAUCCAACGAUGCGAAGAUUCGUUUGUCGAUGAACGACAUGACGGCCCAGAUCACGUCUAUCUUGUUCGCAGGACAUGGUUCCUCCGCUGCUUUCAUGUCCUGGGCUCUGUAUCAGCUUGCGCACGACCAGUCCCUUCAGGAACGAGUCCGGGAGGAGAUUCUCGCGCAUACAUCCCAGUAUGACGCCGAGGAAGACGCGAACAUCUUCUCCGGCAAGGAUAUGCCGCUUUUCGAUGCGUUCAUCAAGGAGGUCAUGCGAUUUUACCCUGUCGUCCACUUCAACGAGAAGCAAGCGGCGUCCGACACAGUGCUGCGCCUAUCGCAGCCUUUGACUCUGGCGGACGGCCGUACCGUCAACGAGAUUACCGUUGAGAAGGGCACCAUCGUCUACGCGGAUAUCGUUUCGUACAACUACUCUGAAGAGGUGUGGGGAGAUGACGCGGGGAAGUUCAACGUCGAUCGGUGGAUGAAGGAGGGAGGUGGCCCUGGCUGGAACCCGAACGCGAAGCUGGCACCCAGCGUCUACUCUGGCCUCUUCAACUUUAUCGCCGGACCAAAGGCGUGUUUGGGCUGGCGUUUCCUCAUUCUCGAGUCGCAAGCCAUGCUCUUCGAGCUCAUCAGGAACUUCAAGUUCACCCCGUAUGGAACGAAACCGAUACACAAGCGCAUGCAAAUGGUGAUGGUCCCCGCCAUCGACAAGAACGGCGAGCUAGUGGUGGAGAUGCCGCUGGUGGUCACGAGGGUGUAAGAUAAACUAUCCACGCCAGUUAUCCGCGGUUGCACGGUAUGUCCGUUCUAGACCUACCUCGCAAUGCAUCGCACCGAACUAUGCUUCUUCAGUCGCAAUCUGCAUUCUCUACCUGCUAGAAUGUAUGUACACCAGAUCGUAAUCUUAA